AUGGUUUAUCGAUGGGGCUUUUGUAGACUGGAAACAAAUGCCGCGGUCGCUCCUCUGGGUCUGUGGAGAAGGUCUGAGCUGACGUGUUGGUAUCAUCACUCUCUGGUGGGGACUGGCAAGAUCAUCCUGACCUCGAUCAUCAUCGACGAGAUCCAACAGCAGCAUCUCGGAGCGCUGGCCUUUUUCUACUUCACUUUCCGGGAGAGGGAUGCCCAGGACCUCUUUUGCGUCAAACACGCCAUCCCCUCUCAGCUUGUUCGCCACCUCACACGGGAAGAUGCACGGGAGAAGGGCAAAUUCCACAUGCCCCAGGCCUUUUGCAGCCUUUGCGAUAAAUACAGCCCUUCGGGCCAUCCGACUCUGGAAGACUUGGACAAGACAUUGGCCAAGGUACUCGGGGAAUCGGCCGAGACCUAUAUCUUCAUUGAUGCCAUGGACGAAUGCCCGUCGCCCUCGGACCGGGCCGAUGUGAUAUCCCUCCUAGCCUCGCUCUCUCAUGGCCCACAACCAAAUAUCCACGUCUUGAUGACCAGCCGCCGGGAGGGGGACAUCGACACUGCAAUCCGCGGUCUCCCGGGUGGCACGGUCACGACCCUCUCCCUUGCCUCUGUGCAGGUGGAGAUCGACAAGGACAUCAAAAACCACAUCCUUGAGAACAUGAGGCGCGAGCCUUACCGCAGUUGGAGUUCGAAUCAGCAAACCAAGGUUGUUAACGCCCUCAGCAGCCGUGCCGGAGGUAGCUUCCGUUGGGCGUGUCUGCAACUGGAAGAACUCCGAGAGAAGCCAAGGGAGAUAGACAUCGACCGAGCCCUUUCGCAACUCCCUGGGGACCUCCAAGAAACGCACUAUCGUGUGUCGCUCUCGUCGUCACCUUUGCGCAAUAAACCCUCUUGGCUCCGACGUUUUACCUCAGUGGUGACAAUGGCGCCUGACGCGGAAGAACGGGCCGGCAAGGCGGAAGGCUCCCCGGUCCCCGAUGAUGACUACUACGUCUCGUUGGAGCCCGAAACCCGAUUCCCCAGCGUCGAGUGGAUUCAGCGCAUCCUAUCUGGCCUUGUGAUCAUCGAGAACGACGACAACUAUUACGAUUGGGGGGCGAAAGACAACAAAGUCUCCUUCGCCCACUUCUCCGUGAAGCAGUAUCUGGAGAGCACCAGCGCAAGCCCUUCGCAUUUCCAUCUCGACAAAACCGAGGGGAAAUGGCUCGUCUUCAAUAGCGGUUUUGGCUAUCUUUACCACUACGACCGUCUCCACCCCAAGCUGGGUUUCGACGCAGUGCGGGACCCCGUCUCCCGCAUGCCGUUCGUCGAGCUCGACAGAGGGGAGUUUGCGUACUUCCUCUUCAGGGAACUACCCAAUUUGGCCCGGGUUCUAACCCAGGGAGGAAACGACAACGUCGCCAAACUCAAACUUGACGCAAUACAACGUCGGUGGUUCCGCAUCACCAACGACCACGCGAACUUGUGUACCCGGGUCGUCCUCUUUUCAGCGUACAGGUCGGGGAACGUGAAGCUCGUCAAGCAUCUCAUCUCUGAUUGGGAGGUAAGCCCCGAGCACUGGGCCGUGGAAUUUAGCGACUUGGAGAUUUGA